GCUCCUGUAAUCCGGCUACUCGGAGGCUAGUUAUUGUGGAGGGUCUGAGACCGGGAGUUACUACAGAUAUUGGUACCCAUGUUGACUGGAUGUCCGCACUAAGCUCGCCAUCAAUAUGGGCACCCUGGAGGAGUCCGGGGUGGCCAGGUUAGCUAAGGAGGGGCGAACCGGGCCAGAGGGGAAACCCCGCAGCCAAAAGUUCCCGUGGCGUGCAGUAGUGGGAUCGCGUCCCGGAGUGGGUUCAUAUUUGUAGCCUGGUUAAUAUGAUUCGACCAAUAACUUUUUUUUUAUUUUUUUUUACAUUUUCAUAAUCUACAUAAUUUUUGCAAUUUUUACAAUAUAAAAUUAUUAUUUUUUUAUACAAUUUGCAGGCCACUAAAUUUCUAUUAGAAAUAGAAUAAUUAUUUACUAUUAUUAUUAUUUUUUUCUCAGCCAGCUACACUAGCGCCUCGUGGCUGCAACGAUAAAUAUUGUAACUAAGUUAUAUUAUUAUUAUAUUAUUUUGUCAUCCAUUUAUCAGCACAUGUUGUAAAUUUAUCAACUGAAUUUAUAAAAAACAUUACAAAUUUAAUUGUUGAUUGAAAAAAAAAUAACAAUAAAUAUGAGUAUUGAUAAUGUAAAAGGUCAUGAUACCAAUGUGGGUAAAAAAAAUGAAAGAAAAUUAUCAAAAAAACGUGUUAUGAGUGAAUCAAAAAUGGAGGUUGAUAAUCACAAUGGCAUUGAGGGUAAUGUCAAAACAAAUGCACGAGUUAAACGUUCAAGAACUGUUGAAGGUGGAGAACACAGAAAGAUACCAGUACCAGCACACAGAGUAACACCACUUAAAGAUAAUUGGGCAAAAAUAUUUACACCAGUUGUUGAACAUUUAUUUCUUCAAAUACGUUUUAAUUUAAAAUCAAGAAAUAUUGAAUUACGUACUGGUCCAGAAACACCAGAUAUAUCAAAUUUACAAAAAGCUGCUGAUUUUGUACGUGCAUUUGUUGUUGGUUUUGAAGUUGAAGAUGCACUUGCAUUAUUACGUCUUGAUGAUUUAUUUGUUGAAACAUUUCAAGUACAAGAUGUUAAACCAUUAAAAGGUGAUCAUUUAUCACGUGCUAUUGGACGUCUUGCUGGUAAAGGUGGACGUACUAAAUUUACAAUUGAAAAUGUAACUAAAACACGUAUUGUACUUGCUGAUGCUAAAAUACAUAUUCUUGGUUCAUUUCAAAAUAUUCAACUUGCUAGAAGAGCUAUUUGUAAUUUAAUUCUUGGUAGUCCACCAUCAAAAGUUUAUGGACAAUUAAGAAAUGUUGCUUGUCGUGUAUCUGAACGUUAUUAAAUAAAAAAAAGUAAUAUUAUUAUUAA